CGCUGCUGUGUUUGCGCCUUGGAGAUGUCCUUCCCCCAACUGGGCUACCCGCAGUAUCUCAGCGCCAGCCAGGCUGUGUACGGGAGCGACCGGCCUGGGGUCCUGGCCGCAGCCGCAGCCGCUGCAGCAGCCGCAGCCGCCUCAGGCCGGCCUGGGGGUGCGGAACUCGGGAGCGGCUCAGCCGCUGUCACCUCUGUGCUAGGCAUGUAUGCCAGCCCCUACAGCGCGCCCAAUUACAGCGCCUUUUUGCCCUACACCGCCGACCUCAGCCUUUUUUCCCAGAUGGGUUCUCAGUAUGAACUUAAGGACAAUCCAGGAGUCCACCCUGCGACCUUCGCAGCCCACACUGCUCCUGGUUAUUACCCAUAUGGACAGUUCCAAUAUGGGGACCCGGGGAGGCCCAAGAACGCCACUCGUGAGAGCACCAGCACCCUGAAGGCCUGGUUGAAUGAGCAUCGCAAGAACCCCUAUCCCACCAAAGGCGAGAAGAUCAUGCUGGCCAUCAUCACCAAGAUGACCCUCACCCAGGUCUCCACCUGGUUUGCUAACGCCCGCCGGAGGCUCAAGAAGGAGAACAAAGUGACCUGGGGGGCAAGGAGCAAAGACCAGGAGGACGGCAACCUUUUCGGCAGCGACAAUGAAGGGGAUCCUGAAAAGACAGAAGAUGAUGAGGAGAUCGACCUGGAAAGCAUAGACAUAGACAAGAUUGACGAAAACGACGGCGAACAGAGCAAUGAGGAGGAGGAGGAGAAGUCUGAGCAUCUCAGGGCUAGUGAAGAAGAUAGCCUGGACAAGGAGAAGGAGUUGCCCUUGUCGGGAUCUGAAGGACUUAAACCCAAAGACUCUCUGCCCCUGUCGAAAGACGCCUCUGACAGUAGCACACGGAUCCUGAGCCCUAGCGGACAAAGCAAUUUGCAGGGGCCACCUCACAACAAACCCAAGAUCUGGUCUCUGGCGGAGACUGCCACCAGCCCCGAUGGCGCCCUGAAGUCCUCCCCGCCUCCUCCUCCCCCUCCCUCUUCCCAGGUCAAUCACACUUCCCCUCAGCUCCAGCACCCCGCUUUCCUGCCCAGCCACGGACUCUACACGUGCCAGAUUGGCAAAUUUCACAACUGGACAAACGGGGCUUUUCUCACUCAGAGCUCUCUCUUGAAUGUUAGGUCCUUCUUAGGAGUAAAUCACCACCAUGCAGCACACCACAACCAUCACCUCCAGGCCCAGCAAGCGCCUUCGGUUCUUACAGCCACCCUGGGGGCGCUCAAUAGCGAAAAAGCGUCAGAAAGAACCAGUCCUAAACACACAGAAAGAGAAAAUGUACCCAGGACCGACUCACCUCCUCAGCAGUUAAAAUCGCCCUUUCAACCUGUCCGCGACAAACUGAAAUCCCAUGGAGCACAAAGCCACAUUUUCUGAGAAGUCCUUAAACAGUACCAUGCACCAAGUGGGUAUUCAGAAAAUAUUAACCAUUGACGACAGUUUGUUUUCCCCUGCACUAUGUCUGCUUUAAAGUUGUACUUUUAACAUUGAAAAACUAUUUUCUCUAUGGCAUUCUGUAAAACAAUUAUAGAUGUUAGUUCUUCUUAAAUUCUACACAAUUCUCUUUUAUUCCAAGGAGCUUUAUACGUGACAUUUUAAAGCAAUAUUAUCCUAAUUUUUUGAAUUAAUGGAUUUCUGCAUAAGAAGCAUCUUGGGAUACAUAGUAUGAAGGGGUGCUGUACUUAAGUGGUGACUAAUAGUUUUGGCUAAGAGAAAGGUGCAUGUAGUUAACUAGCUAAUAACGUUUUCUCUUGUAACAUUUCCCCACUUAUAAUGUUUACCUUUCGAAUAGUCUACUGUGCACAUGUGCAAUGUUUCCCACUUAAAAACGUUUCCUUCUUAGAGUAUUUUGCUUUUUUUGGGUCUGUUGGAAAAGCAUUAUAAAGGGAUUUCCCUGAAUUAUAAAUAUGAACACAUGACUUAAUAGUCUACAUUUGCUGACUUUAUUUCAGGAGAAUUGAUCUGUUCCACAUUUCAACAGAUGUGGAGCAUUCUAUGGUAACUUUCCAAGAGUGUGUGGUGGUUUGUCUUCUCUUCUAUUGGUGGGGGAAAGCAAAUUAAACAAGAUUAUUUGCCUUUGGCCUAUUAGUCCAUCAUGAUAACAUUAGUUGGCUGAGUAACUGCCAUCCCCUGGGGCCUGGGGAAAGAGUGUGGCUUAGAAUGAGAUUUUGGAGGGCUCAUGGUGAUAUAUCACUCUUUGUAGGAUAAAGGGAUCAUUCCCCAUUUUCUUCAGAUGAAAUGUUUUGUUUUUUUUUUUUAAAUAACAAACUGGUUACAUGGGCACUUUGCUGUUCCUGGUUCAAAUCCCUUCUGGUUAA